CUGGAAGCAAGAAUUUGGUCUGUGAAAAAACACAACAUGCUGACCUCCGACAUGCUAUUGACUACCCUCCGUUGGCACGCGCCUUCUCGCACAUCCUUGUCCGCUCCCCGCCGGCCGCCUUAGCAUCGAACAACGACGAGCUGCGCAAUAGCAAGAACUGAACAACACCCGACUCCUUCACAGACAUGACCAAGAGGAAAGCGGGUAGAACGAUUAAUCUCGAGGAAUUCAAGAAGCGCGCUCGACAAGAGAUAGCGCCACAGCCUCUCAGCUCUGAAGAUAUCAAGAAGGCUCUGAUAAAUUCUAGUCAUGAUUUGUUCAAAUUUACGAUGGAACAAUGGCCAAGUUUUUCAGAGAGUGUCCUAGAGAAGCCGAUGGCUGAGCAGCGUUUUGAAGAAGCACCCACAACCUUUCAGAUCAAGCUUUUUCUGGAGUGGUUCGCUCAAUCCCGCACCAGGCUCUUGGAGGAAUGUGUUACAGGUACGACCCUUCUUAACCGCUCAAAUAGUCUUAAGCGUGCCAUCAAGAUCCACACACGUUACCAAUACACACCAUUCCAGAAUCAGGAGAUUGUCAGCUUUGUCAUGAAGGAUCUCAUCCCACAAGGUCUCCUAUCAACCACUGCUCGCCCAAAGCCGCUUGUACCUAUCAAAGUUGCCAAAGACAUCAUCAGGUUCCUCUUUGCCAGCAAUGAGUACAAGCAUCUACACCCCCGCAUAUGUAAUCAGAUGGCUUUUGCUAUCCAGCUUCUACUUUUUGUGGGCAUCCGGCCUAGAGAAGUUGUUGAGUCAGAAUGCGUGGUAUCAAACCAAUGAAGGACUGCUUUACAAAGAUAUUGAGCUGGUCCGC